AACGGCGCAUGUCUGAAUCGCCAUAUUGGGUCGGAGAGGAAUUUACUGCAAGACGGAGGUGCAACUUAUCAAGUGUGAUCUAUGCCGCUAACGUGCCCUGGCGGCGAGCCACUUCCCCGCUACAACAGUCGAGAGAGGUAGAGGGCGGCCGCCGCCGCGGAGCGCCGGUGCUGCACCUGCCACCGCCAUGCCCUCCAAACCGGGCAGCCUCAAAGACCCUGAUGUAGCCGGACUGUUUUCCACGGAGGAUCCGGAGAAGAUAUUCACGGAUCUCCGUGAGAUUGGACAUGGGAGCUUUGGGGCUGUCUACUUUGCCAGACAUGUCCACACCAAUGAGAUUGUUGCCAUCAAGAAGAUGUCCUACAAUGGUAAAACAUCAGCUGAAAAAUGGCAAGACAUCUUGAAAGAAGUCCGGUUCAUCAAGCAGCUGAAACAUAGGCACACCAUUGACUACCGGGGCUGUUACUUGAAGGAGCAUACAGCAUGGCUUGUUAUGGAAUACUGCCUUGGAUCCGCAUCAGACAUUAUAGAAGUUUUAAAGAUGCCAUUGAAGGAGCUGGAAAUAGCGGCAAUUUGUCACGACGCCCUGCAGGGUCUCACCUACCUCCACAGCCAGGACAAGAUUCACCGAGAUGUCAAGGCAGGCAACAUUCUACUCACUGAAAAUGGCACCGUCAAACUGGCUGACUUUGGUUCCGCAUCUCUAUGUUGUCCUGCCAACUCAUUUGUGGGGACUCCAUAUUGGAUGGCUCCUGAAGUGAUCCUUGCCAUGGAUGAAGGACAGUACAAUGGGAAGGCAGAUAUAUGGUCAUUAGGAAUAACUUGUAUAGAACUGGCUGAGAGGAAGCCACCUCUGUUCAAUAUGAAUGCUAUGAGUGCUCUCUACCACAUAGCUCAAAACGACUCCCCAUCUCUAUCAGCUGGAGAGUGGUCGGAUGACUUCAGAAACUUUGUCGACGCAUGUCUAGCAAAAGACCCAGAAAACAGACCAUCAGCAGCAGAAUUAUUACAAAACCAGUUUUUAACACGUAUUCGACCACCCGAUGUGAUCCUGGAGCUGAUUCAGAGAACGAAGAAUAAAGUGCGAGAGUUAGACAUGUCUCAGUACCGUCGCAUGAAGAAACUGAUCAUAGACAAUGACGAGGGCAGCACAGAGCGGUCACCUGCCCCAUCCUCCACUGAUGGGGGAGAGGAAGAUUCUCAGGAUGACGACAACUUGGAUGGCAGUCGGUCUGACAGCCUGCAGAGUCACAACAGCAACUGCGCCAGUAGCCACAGCAGCAUCGCCAGUAUAGGAGCCAACAUCAGCGAUCUGAACGCCAUCCACUCCUUCUCUACCCGCGAUCGGAGUCCUCCCCCCACCGUACAAGUUGAGACACAGGGUAAUGUGCCAAAUACUGACCAGUUCCCUUCACAUGUGAAGACAUGGUCAUGGUUUUCACGGAGCGGUUCGUACAGUCCAAACUCACCAAAGCCGUCAGCAAGUAGCGCUCGAGGUAUGGAGUUGUACCAACACAACUUUGCCACCAUUCGGACACCGUCCAUCGUAAGGAAGGAGAUUAAGGACCACGAACACAGUAAUGAGCUCCGGGAACAGUUUACGGGUUACAAGAGCUUGCGGAAACAACAUCAAAAGGAGCUGAUACAGUUGGAGUCCCGGUUCAAGGCUGAAAUGGAAGAACACAAACAGAAGCUGGACAGGGAGUAUGAAAACUUGCGGCAGAAGUUCUCAAAAGAAAUGGAAAAACUCAGGGUUCAACAUGCAUCUGAGCUGGACCGAGGGCAAAGGAACAACCAAGCUCAGGAGAGGAAGAUGAGGAAGGACAUGAACCAGGCUCACGACAGCGAAAGAAGGAACUUCAGCGUGCUGAUGAAGAAGAACUAUAAAACAGAUAAGGAGAGGAAGAAGAAGGAUUUGGAUGAUGCAACACCUAAGAAGGAGCGAGAAGACACAAUGAGGAACUACAAGGAGAAGAUGUUGCGGCAGCAGAAGGACGCAGAGUUCAAGCUGGAGAAACAACAGAAGGACACAACAGAGUUCCACCUGAGGAAGUUCCGCAGGAAGAAGGUCCUACAGUUCCAUCAACUGGAACAGAAGCUCCUGAAGGAGGAGAUCGGUCAGCGCCGGGCGCAGCUGGAGUAUGAACACACGAUGCUUGUGCGGCACCACGAGUCAACGCAGGACCUGGAGUACAAGCAUCUGGCGGCCAUACAGAAGAUGAGGGACGAGCAGCUGCGGAAACAGCAUGAAACAGAGCGAGAGAAUCAGAAAGAAUAUACAAUUAAUGCUGAAGCAGACCUCAGGAAAAAACAUGCCUUGGAAGUUAAACAGCAGCCUCGAAGUUUAAAGCAAAAAGUGGUGUUAAUACGGCGGCAGUUUGACGAUGCGGUGAAAACCCAGCAGCGGCAGUACAAGGCCCUGAAGGAACACAUCCUCCAGAACACUCCCAAAGCAGAACAGAAGGCAGUGGUGAAGAAGCUAAAGGAUGAACAGAUGAGGAAGCUGGCCCAGCUCGGGGAUCAGUAUGAGGCCAGCAUCGCAGACAUGUUGCAGCAACAGAACGUGCGUCUUGACGAGUCGCAGGUAGCUCAGGCCCAUGAGCUGAAGCAAAGGCUACAACAGGAGCUGGAGUUGCUGAUGGCCUACCAAAGUAAGAUCCGCAUGCAGACUGAGGCACAACAUCAGCGGGAGAAGAAACAGUUGGAAGAACGUGUGUCCCUCAGGAGGGCACUGCUGGAACAGAAGAUGGACGAGGAGCGAGUAACCCUUCACAAGGAGGAAGGAGACAAGAAGAGCCAGUUACAUGAGAAGCAGACAAGAGAGGUGGAGGAAUUUGAUAUUGAGACGACAAGUCUCGGACUUAAUGCAAUGGAGAUAGCCGAGGCAUCUCACGACCCUGAUGAUGAUAUGAGUUACCGGGGGAGCAUGCUGAGCCUUAGUGGAAGUAGCAGUAGUAGUUCUUUCUCCUCCCAGGUGCCCACAUAACUACAGCUCAGUCUUAAGUUUACUGUCCCCCCUCUCCCCCUUCCCCUGAUCCCCAGCAGGUGCCUGGGUGUCUGUAGAUAUAUAAAUAUGAGCAGAACUACCAGAGUGUGCCUGAAGCACAUGUGGAUGCUCCACCAGUGUAUGGAAGACCUGCGGCUCAAGGACGGUGAUAUUGGAUGCCUGGCCUGGUCUUCUUUACGUGGCAAUAUGUGACAGUGUGAUAAGGACAGCGACGACGAUGCGACUGACCGGAGGUGGGGGAGUGCGUGCCGGGGUCCAUUAUGUGCUAAACGGUGAUAAUACUGGGUGAACACGCCCACACUACGGGACUUAGCCACGCAGUCUCAUCCCAUUAAUUCUCAGGCUUCCUCUUAAUGAGACCGAUGUACGAGAGAUUGAGCAGAGUUAUGCCAUCGUUACUGUGGCAACCUGGCCAACGACUAUCUCUUACAGUGUAUAUAUACCCUCUUCAGAAAGCAUACAUAUAUAGCCUAAGAAGGUCACUCCAUUAUAUAUUCAUGACAUAAGCCAGUGACCAUUCAAACCAGGGAUAGCCCAAGGGAUACCUACUGAAUUAGCAGCUAACUACUUUAAGCAUUACCCUGUAACCCUAAGAUAUUUAUCAAAGACUUUGACUUAGGAUCUUGUCUAAGUUGCUCAAAGGCUAAGAUAGCUAAGCAUAAAGGAUUGCUCUGUGGUAUCAUUCUGGUGACUUCUUACAUUUAUGCAUGGUUUUGUAAUUCACAUGCAUACAAUGUAAUUUGGAUUCAGAAUUUACCACAUAUUUUAUACAUGGAAUAGUGAUAAAUGAUUAUUCUGUUGAUUUCUGUGUUAUUUGUAAGUGCGUAGGCCAUUGUUAACUAACAGUUAGCAUAAGGGGGACACUUGACCUGGCGCAAUUUUAACUCAUUUCUGAACCCAAAUAUACUCUUCAUGGAAUAGGCUUGAUCUGCUGUGGGGCAGAUUGUGAUGAUUGUGAUGUGGAUCACAUACUUCCUGCACAAUGUCCAGGUACAAUGUAUAAUAAUUGUAUAAAUUUUGUAAAAAGGUAAAAGAGGUUAAUUACUUGAUGCAAUCUUGGGAGUGAUUGUUGUACCAACGGCAGACUCUGCCAUCAGGGAGAGUUGUCUCCCUUGACUACAUGCAAAAUGGAAGCAAACAUGCUUACUGUUGGACCUAACUUAACUGGCACAAUUCACCAGUGAGAUAUUUUAAUAUUAGGACUGACAUACAACACUAGUUCCAGUGUAACAGUAUACAGUAUACAGUAUACAUGUAUUCUGCCAUAAACUACUCAGUUGGUUGUCAACAAGAAAAUUGCAAUUAAAAUGAUUACCUAAUUCAAA